CAAGAGCUGCGCAUCUAGCUGCCCGCCCAGCAUCAUGCUCCGGCAAACCGACAUUCGUCGCUUCCUGCGGCCUGCCCCGGCACCACACAAGGGAGAUCAAGAGCCUCAAGAGCGCCAUGAUGAGCAGCCGACAGGUGCAUAUGAUGAGAUGACGGCAACCACGGCACAGACGAGGUGUGAAAUGCGCUGAUGUGUUGUUGUCGUGCCGUGUGUGUGUGUCAGAUUUCAGCAGCCCGGAGCCUCAGGCCAUCGCCAACGCCAUUAUCACACAGCGACAGCUGGUGAGCCAAAGACGCUACGUGAAGCACACACACACAUGGAUGUGUCUGCUCGUUCGUCUGGUCAGGCCGCCCCGCCGCCCAAUGCGUCGCUGUGUGGUGUCCCGCCCGAGAAGCUGGCCCAUGUGUGUGACCACAUGCCAACACUGGAGGCCAUCCGCCUGGCUCUCCUCGACAAGACCAUGCAGGACACGUGCUGUUCGCCGUUCGUCAUCCGCCAUCUGAUCAUCACCCCCGCCACCCACAAGCUCUGGCGCAGAGCAUCGCGGGCCGUCCUGCGGCAGCUGCGGGGCCGGCUGACCCGCCUGCAGACGGCCGCCAUCGCCACAGACGAAGAGGUCUACUCGCGAGGGCCCGAUCAGGACCGGCCGGGCGAGGACACCGCCAGUGACGACGGCCAACAAGAGGACGAUGAGCUGAUGCAAGUGGUGGGCGGAGGGACGGAGGGACGCCGCCGCGCCCUCGGCCAUCGGUCGGUAUACGCCAAGAUGCUCGAGGGUUCGGCGGCAUCGCUCCGCAAGUGUCGACUGGAGGACAAGACGACCUCCAACUUGCCGGUCACCGCCAGCCCUCGGCCGCCGAGGGUCACCUUCGGCAAGCUUGAGGAGGUGGUCCUGUGCGACGCACUGUGGCAGGGCGUGGCCAAAUCGCGGCGAUGGUCCCUCCCCGCCCUCAAGACACUCGUCAGCAGCAGCCUUUUCAUUGCGCCCCAAAACCUCAUGAGCUGGAUCAAGGCAUCGCCCCACCUCAGCCACGUCCACGUGACGCCCAUCAGCCUUCCCCUCCUCACCUCAUCCCUGUCGGCCGCCCCCUCUUUGGUCAACCUGACCUCGCUGGGCUGCAUUCUUCUGAAGUGGACGGACGCCUCAUCAUGGGAGCCGCUGCUGAGUGUGCUGGAGGCCAAGUGGGCCAUGGGAGCCAACGGCCGCAUCCACACACUCGGCGUGUGCCUUGAGAUGGAUGACAUGGAGCCAGAUGGCAUCCUUACCAGCCUGCGAGCCCUCGCAGCGGCCAUCCAACGGCUGGCGGGUGUGGGAAUAUCGGCUGCGGACACUCAAGUGACGGCCAUUCCCAAGGUAGCACCGUGGAACGACCACAUUCUGUCGGACGGGGUCAACCCGCCGCACCAGCAGGUGGACAGCGUGGCGGUCCCGUCGUCUUCGAGUGCGGCAGCUGCGUGUGAGCCGUCUGUGGGCGGCGGGAGGAGGGCGCCCCUCUUCCCCAACAUGGUGCCCACUGAUGACCAUGACGACGAUAACGCGAGUGGCGAGAUGGCCGACGCGAAGCCCCCUCAGCGCCCUUUCCGGCUAUUCGUCAGGAUGCCCUCUGGAUUCGACGACAGGCUGCUGCGUCUCGGUCUGACGGCCUCCGACGUGCUGCCCAAGAAGAUCGUCCGCGAGAUGGCCCGAGUGGCCAAGUCCAUGAAGGUCAAGACGGUGUCGAGCACGGCACCGGCGGGCAGCUUCGAUGACUACGUGUUCGAGUCGCUGACCGAAUUGACCAUCCAAGAUUCCCUUCUCACCGACGGCGUGCUGCCGUCGCUCCCAGCCGCCCCAUGCAGCCGCUUCCCGCGACUGCAAUCCGUCACCUUCGUGCUCCCGUCCGUCCACUUGGUUCGAGAGGGCGGGGUGAGGGAGCUGUUCGAGCCAGUCAAGGGCCAGCUCAAAAAAAGAUCAUCGUCACGCUCACGGACACACCCAGCCGAUACGACACGACCUACGGCACGGGCCAGCCGCCGCCCCGUGAGGCCGCCCCCGCCCUCCUCGCACAGCUGGCACUCGAGUGUCUUGACACCAUCGGCCAUGUGAACGAGGUGGCGUUGGUCUUCGUGCCUGCACAGCUUGAUGAUAUCGAGGCUUUCCGGCCGCAGACAUGCCCCAUCAACCACCUCUUCACGACUCCCGAGCUCGCCGCUCGGCUGCCGUCCAUCAAGGAGCUGUUCAUUACCACGCCUUAUUGCGUCCACGGCCGCUUCGGCGAUGUGCAGCUGGACUUCAUCACGGCCGUCACGCACAACACACCAGGGCUCAAGAAGGUGGCGUUCAGCGAGCGGGUGACUGAGCAAUUGGCCAGCGAGAGGACACACCCGCUGCGUCACUCCCCUGCCUAUUUGGCGUCUGCUGCUGUGGAUGGGGCCCUGGCAUCGGCCGGGUCGCCAUUUGUGGUGGUCAAGACGGACGGUACCGAACUUUCUCUGGAGCGAUAGAUGGAGGCGGCUGGGAACGGCUGGGUGGGACAGAGGAGAUAGGAGGAUGGGGGGCUGUGCGGGCUGACUUAGUGAUAGCAUUUAUUGACCUUUAUCUAGUAGGUGGCGACUUCAUGUGCAUGUUCAACCGCUAUGACAGACACAGACACAGACAGACAGACAGACAGGCUGACUAGCGGUGCUUGACUUGAAAAACUGUCCCUCACAGGGCACACGUGCACUGCGGGCAGGGUUAUGAGCAGUGCACACACGUCACAUUCAGGGUUUGUCUGUCAUUCUGGCAGUCAGGCCUUCACCAACACAACACUCCUCUCUUCGCAGCCGAGGGCGGGCGGACGGACAGAGGCCACGUGCGCGUCUGGGCUCUCUCUUUCUGUGUGUGUGUGGAUGUGUGGCGACUCUUUGUGAAUGCAUC